GAAGCUUAGCUUCACACAUAUGCUCUCGUUGUGUUCGAGGCUUGAGACGGUGAGGAGAGCACCGCAACCAUUUCUCAUCUCUCUCUCUUGAUUUCUCUUCCUCGUUCUUCUGGAAAUCACUGCUUGCAAAAGAUGGGAAGUGUUUGAGCAGGAAUCAUUGUAAGCCCCGGGGUUAACGAAAACGGAUUUAUGAAACCUUGAGAAAGCGGUGUUUGGUUUGCUCUCUGCCAUCAUCAUGUGGAGGUCCAUUUGGAAUGCCAUCACAAGCAUUGGAAGGAAGAAGGGUGCAGUUGAGCCGAGGCGUACAUGUAACCAGUUCUCAGACGGAGAUGAUGACGACGAUGUGUCCUCCAAUGAGGAGGCUUUAGAAUGCCCUAUAUGUUGGGAGUCCUUCAACAUAGUGGAGAAUGUUCCCUAUGUGUUAUGGUGUGGACACACCAUAUGCAAGAAUUGUCUCUUGGGACUCAAAUGGGCUUCUCUCAACAUCUCCGUGCAUCGAAUCCGCGUCCCGCUCUUCGUCUCGUGCCCUUGGUGCAAUCUGCUGACCCUUCGGCUCCUUUUCCGCGGGAACCUUAAAGCCCCCAACAAGAACUUCUUCCUCCUCUGGAUGGUCGAGAGCCGAAACGGGGACCGGUUCCUGUCCCACACAUGCACCUAUCACCCCCAGUCGCGCAUGAACAACACCACAACCGGCCAUUUGGCACCGGGUGCCGCUAACGGAAUCCGCCACCUCGGGAACGGCGGCGGCGAUUCCCCCCGGAGACGACCGGAGUUCUCCAUCCACAAAUCAAUCGACUUCUUCAUCCGUUUCACAUCCAGGUUCCCGCUCGUGGUCGUGCUUGUUUUCAUGGUCAUAUUUGCCAUCCCUUCCAGCGCCGCCAUUCUCAUUGCCUACUCGGCUAUCACCGUCGUCUUCGCCGUCCCCGCGGCGCUGGUAAUGUAUUUCGCGUACCCGACUCUGGAUUGGCUGGUGAAGGAGAUCAGCAGCUGAGUGGGUGAGUGUCAUAUAUACCUUAAAGAUGUGUUUGUAUCUAAACUUUGCAAUAAAACCUUUGUAACAUC